CCUUUUUUAUCGCUGCCGAAAAGAAGCGAGCGAACCGGCCCCACCGGUCGCCUUUUCUUGUAUGCUGUGUGGCGCGACACGAUCCCCGCAUCGAGAGAAUUAUUCAGUGUUGAAACUCUGCAGAAGAGCAUCUGCUAAAUCCCUCGGAUAUCGUUUGUCUGGAGAGAGACGACUUUUUUUGGAGAAAAAGGGAUGGCCUGCUCAAUUGAAGGCAUUCAACCGGAGUUCGUCCCGCCAGGUCUGCUCUGCAGCGACACCUACUGCGACCAGCUAGCCGAGCUACUGGUGAACGAAUCUGCGCUGGACGAACUUUGGCGGGCUCAAGGGUUCCCAACUCCGCCCACCACUCCUGAGAGAGUUUACACUCCGAACAACGAACUGGAUGAAGACAGCGAGAGCGAUACAAACCAAGAUCUUCCUCUACUGAACGAGCUGAUUCUCCUGGCUUACGGAGAGGAGGUCCUCACCAGCAACCCCGUCGCAUUCCCGCCUUUAACCGUGGCAACCAACAUCGCCACCGCAACCUCCACCAACUUGGAGGAAAAUCUCAUUCAGGACUGCAUGUGGAGCGGACAUCUCUGCGAACGCCGGUCCCUCGCUAAGAAACCCCCUGCCCCCCUCGCUUCCGUGGGGUCCGCAAAUUCCUCACUCCAAAACACCCCGGGGGAUUCGGGGACCGGAGGUGGGGUAUAUACCCCGUCACCCUCGCCACCUCCACCUGCCUCGGUGGCUGUCGGGGGCGACAGUAGUCACGACGACGAGGGUGUUGAGAGCGAUUGUUGCGUAAGUCCGUCUGUCGUCUUCCCCUCCAUCCUCACCUCCCCCACCAAGAUCCUCCCCAGAGUGGGUUCAAAGGUCGACUCCACCCACAAUAACACCACUGCUGCCACGGAAACCACUGAAGCCACUACUACUGCGUCGUCUCCGGUGAAGAAGAACAUGUUGGUAUUGCGCAAUAGCAACAAGGCCGAGAGGGACGAUCCUGAUUGGGAGGAGUCUGGCGACGAGAUCGGAGGUCGUCACGGCUACGAGAGGAGUCAGCAGCGUCGUAAGAGGAAGCUGUCGUCGGCGGCAACGGUUGCCAUGGGAGCCAACAGUCGUAUCCAACCUCAGUCCACCGAGUCCUCUACUUCUGAUGAAGAGAUAGAUGUCGUCACGGUGACGUCGGCGGACCGUAGUAAAGCGUCACGGAAACGCAGUCACCCCUCGUCUCUAUCGGCUCCCUGCUCGAGGCAGACAUCUCCUCAUCCUCCUCAGAAGAGAAGGAAAUACCACACCAAGAGACUGCAGCGACUGAGUUCAGCGGGGUCGACGGUGGGAGAGACUGUUGAAAGUGAAGAUGAAGCCAGAAGAGCCAGUCACAACGUUCUGGAGAGAAAGAGAAGGAACGAUCUCAAGUCUAGCUUUCAACGUCUUCGUGAGGAGAUACCGGAACUCGAAGACAACCAGAGAGCACCGAAAGUCACCAUCCUCCGGAAGGCCAUGGAGUUCAUCCGGCACAUGCAGGAACUGGAGCAGGUCGCCGAGGCCGAACUGGUUGCCGAGAAACGACGGAAGCUCCGCCUCGUCGAGCGACUAAACCAGCUCCGAGCGGGUUCCGUUUAACCCUUUCCCUCCCCCACCCCGCUCUCUAGAAGUUAUCCCCCCCGACUCAUUUUACUGAGUGUUCUGCUGUCCGUCGCUAGGAACCAAUUGCUCUGCACAUUUCCACUUCACCGUACAACAUUCGUUCCCCCAUGCUGAAUUUCCGACCCCCCAGCCCCCCUAUAGAAGUCAAUUUCCCCCCACACUUCUCUUGCGUUCAUCUGUCGGGACAAUUUCUCCCAAAGUACAAUCUUUUGCAGGACGACAACAAACUGGCAAAACACGAACGGUUAACGAAUCUACACACCACAAAAAACUCAACGUACCGUUUCUAGGAGUAAACUUUCAGGUCAAACUUGUUUCAAACUUGUUUUUUGUGAACAUUUUCUACGACACCGCACUGUCAACUCCAACGCUGACAUUUCUACGCCCGUCGACUUUCUAUUCUACAAAAAAACCGGGGAAAUGACAAUGAUGACAACACUGACAGUGUAAUUUCACUUUUUUGUGAUCUUUUCCCCUUUUUUUCUGGUUAUUAUACGCAUCAACCUCGAUCAUUCCCACUUAUCAAAAAACAAAUCACUCGAUUUUCUUGUGUCAAUUGUACAUGUCAGUUAAAUCUCGCUGAACUUUCAAACCUUUUGUUGUUAACAAUAAUAACCCUUUCCAAUCCUCCAAUCAAUAUUAUUAUUAUUCCAAUCAAUUGCUAUUUAUCACUUUCAAAAUGUUUGGCCUGGCUUUUCUCGUUUCUUGUAAAAAAAGUUUUUUUUAAGUUUACUAAAUAGACAAUCAGAGCAAACGCUGCGAACCACGAGGUAGCAAAACGUUCUUUCGCUGAUAACAAUGAUAAGUUGAACAGUUAAUUAACUCUGAUGAAAGAAUGCGGA